CCGGGUCUCGGCCCCCUUAAAGGGACAGCGACGGCUGUAACCUUCGGGGUGCGCCGGGGGACGAAGGGUGGCGCGCCGAGGCGGGGGGCUUUGGACUCAGACUGAAUUAUACCACCAGCCUUCCUGGUUCUCCAGCUUGAACGCUGCAGACGGUGGCACUGAUUGGUCUCCAUCACCACGGUGCUCUCCUUCCUUCCCUGCCCCUGGAGAAGUUGGCAGUGUCCCUCAGCUCUAGGAAGCAUGUUCAGGAAUGCAGCAGCCAUCUAUUUGCAUCUGGUGGGUCCCCUCCAGGGAAAGAAGGCUGGAGCUUCUGUCACGCGAUGCUUGCACCAGACUGUUGCAAUGGCCAAACGGCUGCAGGCUCGCAGACUGGACGGGAUUGACCACAACCCGUGGGUGGAAUACACCAGACUCGCCACUGAGUAUGAUGUCGUGAACCUGGGCCAGGGUUUCCCUGACUUCCCACCCCCAGACUUCGCAAUAGAAGCCUUUCAGCACGCCGUCAGCGGGGACUUCAUGCUCAACCAGUACACCAAGGCCUUCGGUUACCCGCCACUGACAAAGAUCCUGGCAAGUUUCUUUGGGAAGCUGCUAGGACAGGAGAUAGACCCACUCACGAAUGUGCUGGUGACUGUGGGUGCCUACGGAGCCCUGUUCACAACCUUCCAGGCCUUGGUGGAUGAAGGAGAUGAGGUCAUCAUUAUUGAGCCCUUUUUCGACUGCUAUGAACCUAUGACCUUGAUGGCAGGAGGUCGCCCCGUGUUUGUGUCCCUGAGGCCGAGCCCCGCUGAGGAGGGGAAGCUGGAGAGCAGUAGCAACUGGCGACUGGACCCUACAGAGCUGGCCAGCAAGUUCUCUCCUCGCACCAAAGUCCUCAUCCUCAACACCCCCAACAACCCCCUGGGAAAGGUGUACUCCAGGGCAGAGCUGGAGCUGGUGGCCAGCCUGUGCCAGCAGCACGAUGUGGUGUGUGUCAGCGACGAGGUCUAUCAGUGGCUGGUGUUUGAUGGGCACCAGCACGUCAGCAUCGCCAGCCUCCCUGGCAUGUGGGAACGUACCCUGACCAUUGGCAGUGCUGGCAAGACCUUUAGCACCACGGGCUGGAAGGUGGGCUGGGUCCUGGGUCCAGAUCGUCUCGUGAAGCACCUGCGCACCGUACACCAGAACACGGUCUAUCACUGCCCCACGCAGGCCCAGGCCGCGGUGGCCGAGAACUUCCAGCGGGAGCAGCAACACUUUGGCCAGCCCAGCAGCUACUUUGUGAAGUUCCCGCAGGCCAUACAGCGCUGCCGCGACCACAUGAUACACAGCCUGCAGUCCGUGGGCCUGAGGCCCGUGGUCCCCGAGGGCAGCUACUUCCUGGUCACAGACAUCUCAGACUUCAAGAAGAGGAUGCCCGACCUGCCUGGUGCUGGGGACGAGCCCUAUGACAAAUGCUUCGUCAAAUGGAUGAUCAAGAACAAGGGCCUGGCAGCCAUCCCAGUGUCCGUGUUCUUCAGUGCGCCACACCAGAAGAAGUUUGACCAUUAUAUCCGCUUUUGUUUUGUGAAGGAUGAAGCCACGCUCCAGGCCAUGGACAAGAGGCUGCAGAAGUGGAAAGAUGAGCUCAAGUGUCAGCCCUUGCCAGCGGCCAACAUGGCGGAGCGCGCGGGGAAGCGGUCUUGCGGCCCGGGGGAACAUGGCCAAAGGAUCGAGUGGCGAAAGUGGAAGCAACAGAAGAAAGAGGAAAAAAAGAAAUGGAAGGACCUCAAAAUGAUGAAAAAAUUGGAGCGGCAGCGGGCACAGGAGGAACAGGCAAAGCGCCAGCAGGAGGAGGAGGCCACAGCGCAGAGCGAGGACCGGGGACGGCCCUACACCCUGAGUGUGGCCCUGCCGGGCUCCAUCCUGGACAACGCCCAGUCGCCCGAGCUUCGCACCUACCUGGCGGGCCAGAUAGCCAGAGCCUGCGCCAUCUUCUGCGUGGACGAGAUUGUGGUGUUCGAUGAAGAGGGCCAAGAUGCCAAGACUGUGGAAGGGGAAUUCCGGGGAGUUGGCAAGAAGGGGCAGGCGUGCGUACAGCUGGCCCGGAUCCUGCAGUACCUGGAGUGUCCGCAGUACCUGAGAAAGGCGUUCUUCCCCAAGCACCAGGAUCUACAGUUUGCAGGGCUCCUGAACCCCUUGGAUAGCCCUCACCACAUGCGCCAGGAUGAGGAGUCCGAGUUCCGAGAGGGCAUCGUGGUGGACCGGCCCACCCGGCCGGGCCACGGCUCCUUCGUCAACUGUGGAAUGAAGAAGGAGGUGAAGAUAGACAAGAACUUGGAACCAGGGCUUCGGGUGACUGUGCGCCUGGACCAGAAGCUGCUCACAGAAAACAAGACCCGCCACGGGAAAGUCGUGUCAUCCCAGGACCCUCGCACCAAGGCUGGUCUCUACUGGGGCUACACGGUCCGACUGGCCUCCUGCCUCAGUGCUGUGUUCACCGAGGCCCCCUUCCAGGACGGGUAUGACCUGACCAUUGGGACGUCAGAGCACGGCUCCGAUGUGGCUUCCGCCCAGAUUCCCAGCUUCAGGCAUGCUCUCGUGGUAUUUGGGGGCCUCCAGGGUCUGGAAGCUGGAGUAGAUGCUGAUCCCAACCUGGAGGUGGCUGAACCCAGUGUCCUCUUCGACCUGUAUGUCAACACCUGCCCCAACCAGGGCAGCCGCACCAUCCGCACGGAGGAAGCCAUCCUCAUUUCCCUGGCUGCCCUGCAGCCUGGCCUCACCCAGGCCGGUACCCAGCCCAGCUGACGGUUCCCGUUGGACUGAAGAUAGCAGAGCAGCAACAGGGAAGCCAGGGGUUCAUCACCAGACGUGGCCAAGACUAACCUCCAAAAAUAACCAUCUUUAAUGCUACCUGGCCCCACCACUCCCGAAGUCUGGCCGGGCUGCCACCCUUACUUGCUGCCCGCAGUGAUGGCUUUGAGGCUGCCUGCCCGUGCCAGGAUGUUUGGCACAAAAAGCAGCCCGGAGGCACGUUCAAUGCUCUCAAUGGGCACCAGGAAGCGCUCCAGUGGGAUGGACUCGUCCACGGGUGCGUUGGGCAUCACGUAGGAACGGAGCUCGAUUUGUCCACCUGCCGCCUCCAGGAUCAGCACCUUGAAGAAGUGCGUGGGCACCGCCACGUGGUUCUUGCCGAUUACCUGGUACUUCACAUAGGACUUCCCAUCAGCCUCCGUCCUGUGGGCAGACACAGGCACUUAGGGUCAGGCCUCCCCAGGGGCCUGGUCAAGCCCAAGGCCACCGCCUUCAAGCAGCUUUCCCUGACCCGACCUCCAGCUGGGGUCAGCCUACAGCACUGCCCCAUCAGCGUGAGCGUUCUGUGUCUUGCUUGGCCCGCCCAGGCAGCGUGGGCAGUGGCAAUAAACAUUGCUGAAACAACCAGGCAUUUGAAAUACUCGCUUUCAUGCAUGCAGUCACUUCACUAUGGUCUGUCUCUCCCUAUGGAGGGUGGGCAUCACAUGGGCAAGGCAGUGACAGCAAAUGCCCGGCACUAGCAGAGGAGCCUGGUGCACAGCAGGGAACUGAAACCUGGGUGCCUGACUUCCAGGCUCCCCUCAGCAGUCUGCUCUACUGCAGCAGCCGCACAGGCACAGGCUGAGGAAGGCUGACUGGUGGCCCACAGUCCUGCAGUGACAAACACCAUCCCACUUUGUCCUCAGCCACCUUCAGGCAUUUCUCUUUCUGCACAAGGUUAUUUGCCUGUGGCAUUGAAGACAGCCAACCCUGGGUUCCUGCCCAGGCCUGUGGACUCCAGAAUCCACAGCUUAGCUCCCACUUACAGCCUCACUCUUCUCAGUACUUAGGGGGCAAGUAAACCACUGGGCAUGCCCAGAGUCCCCUUCUUCCUGGAGGCAGAGGGACAGGAGUGAAGCAGGUUCAGGACCAAGGAGACAGUUUAAUUCUUGGCUUCAGGAGAAAAGUGGGGGUGCUCCAAGGAGGCAGGAGGCAAGAGAGCUGGGUGCAAGGGUGCCCAUCUGGCAAAGCAUGGUGUUGGGUGGAGGUGGCAGGAGGUGACUAGGAGAGCAAAGGUGGGUUCAGGGCCUGGUGCCCAUGGACAGAGGAGACAGGGUCCAGGUAGGUACCCCAAAGGUGGUCUCUGGCCUUGGAGCUGGGGUUCCCAUAGCAAGGAAAAGAAAGACUUGCUAAAAAACCAGGUAGGUGAACCCAGAGCUGGGCUGGCCUGGACAAAGGCCUCUGGUGAGUGGGAGGCCCUGGUGUCCCUAGGCCCCUGGUCCUAGCCUACCUGGGUAGGAAGAGUGGCCCUGUGCAGACGUAGACAUUUUGGUAGCUGCGGGUCAAGCUGCGGCUGUACUUCUCCAGGUUGUUCCAGGCAUUCUGGUUGAGGUGGGGUACCUGGA